GAGAGAGGGGAGAGGAGCGUUGCUGGAGGGAGACGCUUUCCCCUCAGCCAGUUGGAAGAGCAACGCCAGGCUUGGCACCGUGAGUGAUGACCGUGGCGCACAGAGACUCGGGCGACCGGGAAUAAUUCAAAGGAAAGAAGAAAAAGAAAACGACAGACAGACAGAGCAGAAGAGGGUGCUCCGUUUUGUUCUUCUUCUUCAGUUUGUGGAUACCUGCGCGUCUCCGCCUUGGCCGCAGGUGCACCACAGUCCCUCUGAAGGGCGAGUUUUUAUUUUGAGGCAAGUGAGAGAAGAACAAUCCUUCUGGGAUCCCCCCCCCCCCCCCCCCCCCCCCUUCUCGCCCGGUCUCAUCCGUCCCUCGACCACGCGGGCGGCAAACUUUCUCAGCAAUUUCAACUGCUCCUGGCCAACACAAUGUAAAAUGGGAGCUCUGGCUUUUUGUUUUUAAUUCCUGGACACCGGAUUACAUCGUCUCAAAUCAGAGAGCAGAAUUCAAAGCUCAACUGCAAACUUGUGAACUGUGACGCGAAUCGGAGUCUGUCAAUUGUUUUGUUUUUUAAAAAUUUUUUUGAUUACAUGUGUUGGAGAAAGAGAACAAUGUCUGGAUUACUACAGCCGCUGCCUCGGGGAAGAGGUGCGGAGUGAGGAACGCACAGAGGAAGAGGAGAAGAAGGAGGAGGAGGAGGAGGAGGAGAGAAGUCGGUGGCGUGUACAGCCGCCGUCCUCGUUAGCGUCUUUGCCGCACGGGCUUUAAACCGCCUCCUUCUUUUUACUGGAUACAGGGACUCCCAUCAAGAGACGCUCGGGAAGGACCUGCCUUCACACCCUGGGCCAGUGGGAGGUGACUGUCAGAAGAAAUGCCGGUCCCAGGUGCCCUAGCACAUCACCACAGGGACCAUGGCAACUCCUUGGCCAAUGAGAAGAGAGAGGUGCACCCAUGGCUCCGCCUGCCUUGCUAGAUGGUCGGCGGCUUCCUUGAUGCUCCUAUGGUUGCCGUGGGUGUUGCUAUGGCAGCCGUGGCCCGUCCGAACUGAGCAAGUGGGCGGCGGGGGACACGGUGGGAAGGCGCUCCACAGUUCUCUAACAUCUCCCUCGUCCUCGUCGUCUUCAUCGUCCUCCUCCUCCUCUUCUUCCUCGUCCGCCUCCGGCUCGUCAUUGUGGGGCUUCAGCGCGAGGCAGAGUGGAGGGCAGCUCGACUGGCUGCUGUCGGAGAAGGGACCUUUCCACAGAUGUCCGGAGUACACCGAGUUCAGAGAGAGGUUCCAGCAGGGAUUUUCUACCAGAUACAAGAUUUACAGGGAGUUCAGCCACUGGAAGGUGAACAGCCUGGCCACGGAGAAGAGAGAUUUCCACAAAGCUCCGUUGCCCUUAGCGCCAGAGUUCCUGCGCAACCUCCGGUUACUGGGGCGACGACCGACCCUGCAGCAAAUCAACGAAAACCUCAUCAAGAAGUAUGGGACCCACUUCCUAGUGUCUGCUACCCUGGGAGGAGAGGAAUCAUUGACCAUCUUCCUGGACAAGCAGAGGCUCAAUAAGAAGUCGGAAGGCAACAGCAACAGCUCUGUGGUGUCCCUGGAGCUGCUCCAUCAGUUGGCGGCUUCCUACUUCACAGAUCGAGAGAGCACCCUCAGGCGACUGCACCACCUCCAGAUCGCCACCUCUGCAAUCAAGGUAACUGAAACAAGGACGGGUCCUCUCGGCUGCAGUAACUACGACAGCUUGGAUUCAGUAAGCUCUGUGUUGGUGCACAGCCCAGAAAAUAAGAUCCACCUAAAGGGCUUGCAAGAUGUCCUUCCAGAGUUCCUGCGUGGGCGCUUUGUGGAGGCAGCCCUCAGCUAUGUGGCCUGCAACUCGGAGGGCGAGUUGCUCUGCCGCAACAACGAUUGCUGGUGCCGGUGCUCCCCCCGCUUCCCGGAGUGCAACUGUCCCUUCGCUGACAUCAAGGUCAUGGAGGAGAACCUGGAGAAGAGCAAAGAUGCUUGGAGCGGCCUCAACCAAGAGUUCAUGGAAUCAGAUGAGUUCAAAGCCUUCCUGAAGCGCUUGCCCAAUGACCGGUUCUUGAACGCGUCAACGAUUGCCAAGUUCUGGUCGGCGGACGUGUCCCUACAGAAACGCUACGGACAGCUGGAGUCCAGCACCGCCCUGGUCCUGGGAAAGGCCCAGAAGAUCGUCAGGAAACUGUUCACCCUGAGCAAACGUUGCCCCAAGCAACCUCGCAUCAGCCUGCCCCAAGACAGGUCUGCCGGGUUUUGGCGGAGCAAGGCCCAGUCUCUGCUGUACUGCAGUGAGCACGGAGUGCUGGGAUCCUUCUCCGAGGAGGUCAAGAGCUGCAGCUGCCCCGCGGAGCAACCCACUUGCCAGGGAGUUGUUCCCUGCAUCGUGGGCACCUCCCCCACCUCCUGCUCCUCCUGUGCCACUGACAACGCGACCCGCUGUGGAGCCUGUCACCACGGCAACUUCCUCCAUCUUGGUUCCUGCCACCCGAGCAUUGCCGCAUCCCUGGACCACUAUCUGAACUUUGACCUGGACAUGCCUGACGCUGAGGUGAAGUACCUGCUUCAGCGACUGGACAGCAGAAUAGAGGUCCAUGCAAUCUACAUCAGCAACGACGUCCGCCUGGGGAGUUGGUUCAAUCCUGCCUGGAGGAAGAGAAUGUUGCUGACACUCAAGAGCAACAAAAACAAGUCAAAUCUCAUCCACAUGCUGAUGGGCAUUUCAUUCCAGAUAUGCUCAACUAAGAAUUCAACACUGGAGCCCGUGCCUGCAGUUUAUGUGAAUCCAUUUGGUGGGAGUCACUCAGAGAGCUGGUUCAUGCCAGUGAGCCAGCCGGACUUCCCCGACUGGGAGAGAACUCGACUGGACGCCGUUGCCACGGCACAGUGUUACAACUGGACACUGUCCCUGGGCAACCAAUGGAAGUCCUUCUUUGAAACGGUGCACGUCUACCUGCGAAGCCGCAUUGUCACAGAUGAUCCAACAGUGAAUGAAACUCUAUUCUAUGAACCGUUGGACUUGGAUGACCAGACCUCCAACCUGGGGUACAUGAAGAUCAACACGCUGAAAGUGUUUGGAUACAGCAUGCACUUUGACCCUGAGGGCAUCAAGGAUCUGAUUCUCCAGCUGGACUACCCCUACACGCAGGGUACGCAGGAUGCUGCCUUUCUGAUGUUGUUGGAGAUGAGGGACCGGAUUAAUAGGCUGUCUCCACCAGCACCGCAGCCACUGGACCUGUUUUCUUGUCUGUUGCGCCACCGGCUCAAGCUGUCGACCGGGGAAGUGGCACGCAUCAAGGAUGCUCUGCAGCUCUUCAACUCCAAGCUCCCCAAUGCUUCUCCUGAACCUGAGCGGGCACAACUCUGCAGCUAGCUGUCUAGCUUAGAAGACAAUUCGGGUUCAGGAGUGCUACCAGACAUGACAGACUGAUUUGCUUCUUCAGGGGCAACCCUAGACUGAGCAGACGAGGGCCCACUUUGUUGGCUUUUGAACCAUAAUCCUCUGGAUUAAUGUUACACCACAUUCUAAAGCCUGACUGGGAUUUUCUGUGGUCACUCUUGGCUGGUUUUCACACUUUUAUGAUGAAGGGGCCUUUGAUGAAACGGACUAAUUUUCAUGAGAAAGAACAGCUGAUACUUGGACUCUCCUUCAGAGGCCCUGUGGUACCAGCCCGGAGGCUUACGUUUGCAGUAACUGCCCUGCUUUUGACAAACCGAACAAUUGGUUGAAGCUAAGAGACUCUCUUACACUGGCAGGUUUUCUGAAUUUGAACCUCACAGAGCCGAUGUCAUUAAGUAUACCUAGACCUCUGCCUUGCAAAGAUGAAGCCAAUUUUCAUAUGUAAAGAGGAACUCUUAAGAGGUCUUCAGAAAUGAGUUAACGAAAGGGGAUUUCUCCUUUUCUACACCUAUUUUCUUUGGCUAUGGAACUUUUUCGGGGGAGGGGAAAACGGGAUAAUAUUAUAUAUGUGUUGAAUGAGAUGUUAUGUUAUGCUUAACAGUUUAAAAUUUGAUAACCCUGAACCCUGUAACUGUCUUUGAAUAUUUCUUUUUAAUCCCUGCCUUCCAUUUUAUCUGGCAUUUGAGAACUCUAAGUGUCUACGCUUAACAUUGAGUGGGAAGCCAGUUAGUGAUGUUCUGUCCUUGGUGGUGUGUCUAUACCCAAAGAAGGUGAACACAUCCGCAAACCGAAUUGCAAAGUACCUUAAAUGAUGAGUUGUUGUUUUUUUUUUAGCAGAAAAUCAUAGCAGAAUCUUCUGAAGUGGUAACAAAAAGGUCGGCAGAUGCAACGCUGUAAAUAACGCUCCAUCUAACCCCAGGUGUGGACAAGUGCACAUUGCUUUUUAGAUAACCGAGUGCAAAGACCAAAAAAAUGUUUAUAACAAAACAAAUUCAUGCCUUAUAUGGAAAUUCAAUGUUAAGAUAAGAAGCACAUUUUGGUUUUUGGUGUUUAAUUUCCCAGUGAAGGCUGUAUUGAUUUUUAUAUUUCAGUAUUUCUACCCAGACAGAACAGCAGACAUGUUCUCCAGGAUAUGUGGUAAUGUAGCUUUUCCAUGUUAAUGCCAGUCACACUUUCUGCAGAUACUUGUUUUGAUUUGGUGUUGUGAAACUAUUUGAGUCACUAUCACACAGUGCACACCUGUACUUGCAUACUGUAAUUGUUCUGCAAAAUCCUUGUAUCUCCAAUUAGACUAAAUUAUCAGUGACUGAAGGAAUUAAAAAAAAAAAUUCUUUGAUUUAGUCUCAGGUCAAUUAAAAAAAAACAAAUUCUUUCUUGUUUUUCCCAUUUUUGUUUUUACAUGUGGGUCCAAUGUCAGCUGCCAGGUACUCAGCGACUGGACAAGAUCUCUGCAGGGCAAUGAUGGUAGGCCUACUCUUGAGCAGGAUGAUAUCUGAUAUGAUUUUACAUUUACUUCACUAAUUUCUCACUGAAAGUCAGUAAACCCUUGUAUGUCAUUUUUAGCUAUUCUUCUGUGCUCAGCUUGCUUAAGUAAAAAACACAGUGGUUUAUCUA